CAAGGCACUAUAUAUACAGUACCAUUAUAAGAGUUUACUUAUACUAUAUUGCCAAAAGUAUUAGAUUCAGGUGUUCCAAUCACCUCCAUGGCCACAAGUGUAUUAAAUCAAGCACCUAGGCAUGCAGACUGCUUCUACAAACAUUUGUGAAAGAAUGGGUCGCUCUCAGGAACUCAGUGAAUUUAAGCAUGGUACCAUGAUAGGUUGCCACCUGUGCAAUAAGUCCAUCUGUGAAGUUUCCUUGCUACUAAAUAUUCCACGGCCAACUGUUAGUGGUAUUAUAACAAAGUGGAAGCAACUGGAACAACAGCAACUCAGCCACGAAGUGCCACUGGACUCUAGAGCAGUGGAGAUGUGUUCUCUGGAGUGACAAAUCAUGCUUCUCUCUCUAGCAAUCCAAUGGAUGUAUCUGAGUUUUCCCAGGAAAACUGUAUUUGCCUGACUGCAUUGUGCCAAGUGUAA